UUUUUGAAAGGAAAAGCCGGCAUCCAUUAUCCACAAGUAACUAUAUUUCUGUGCGUUUCUGAAGUGUUUUAUCUUUAAAUACGAUCGGCGAAACGUAUCCUUCGACGGAAAAGAAUCUGAUCAGAAGAGACCGAUAAUGGGACGCCUGGGUGUUUGAUUGUAACACUUGUCUGGACCAGCUUCUCGUGGUACUUCUCAGUGGUCCAUGCUUUCGGGGUUUGAGUUGCAUCGCUGUCGGGCGGGAGUACAAACAUGGAUUCAAACAUCAUGGACAUGUUUGAAAAGGGCAAAGUAGUUAAAAUCUGCGCCCCGAUGGUUCGUUAUUCCAAGCUGGCGUUCAGGUCCCUGGUGAGGAAAUACGACUGUGAUGUUUGCUUUACUCCUAUGAUCAUUGCAGCCGACUUCAUGCGAUCAUCUAAAGCAAGAGACAGUGAAUUUACAACCAAUCGAGCGGAUCGCCCGCUGGUCGUGCAGUUUGCAGCUAACGACCCCCAGACACUGGCUGAAGCGGCCAGCGCAGUGGCCCCCUUCUCCGACGGCGUGGACCUCAACUGCGGCUGUCCUCAGAGAUGGGCCACGGCAGAAGGGUAUGGUGCAUGUCUGAUAAACGAACCUGAGCUGGUGAGGGACAUGAUACGGCAGGUCCGAUCCCGAGUGGAGAACCCCAAAUACAGCGUCUCUAUCAAGAUACGGAUCCACAAGGACCUCAGGCGGACCGUGGACUUGUGCCAGAAGGCUGAGAUGGCCGGGGUGUCCUGGGUGACCGUCCACGGCCGGACCGCGGAGGAGAGGCACCAGCCGGUCCACUACGACGCCAUAAAGACCAUCAAGGACAGCGUCUCCAUCCCAGUGAUCGCCAACGGGGAUGUGAAGAGCCUGAAAGAUGUGGAGUCUACCUACUUGCACACCAGGGUCGAUGGUGUGAUGGCGGCCCGGGGUCUGCUGGCCAACCCCGCCAUGUUCGCCGGCUAUGAGAACACGCCGCUGGAGUGCGUGUGGGACUGGGUGGACAUCGCCCUGGAGCACGGUACGCCAUUCACCUGUUUUCACCAUCACCUGAUCUACAUGCUGGAGCGCGUCAGCUCGCCGGCGGAGAGGAGGGUGUUCAACGCUCUGUCCAGCACCUCCGCCGUCAUCGACUACCUCCGCCACACCUACGGCUCCUGACCGCCACACACUCCCUGCUUUUAAAGCCUGUGCUUGUUUUAUUUAAUAAAAAUGACUUAAUUCAGA